AUGGGCGAUGAUGGACUGUUCCAAUUGAAUGAUGAUCCAUUUAUGAUCCACACAGGCAUUGCAUAUCUCUUUCUAAGCGUUUGGCUUCUUCCUUUAUAUGGUUUAAUAAUGACGGCGCUUUAUGUUCGGGAUCGCCGCCAACCAAAUAUUACAAACAAAUUGAUGAAUAUCAUCAAUGGAUGCGAAGCUGGUCAAGCAAUUUGCCACGUCAUCACCUCAUCAGUCCUGUUUUUCCCGAAUUUGGCGAUUGCCUACAACCCGACUGUCAGGAUAUUCGGAUGCACUGCGAAUACCCUAUUCAUUGGCCAAUUUCCGGCGACGACGGUGCUCGCGAUCAGUCGUAUUUUGAUUUUUACUCAAGUGAUUCAAACCAAAAAAAUGCAUAUAAUCAUCAAGAUGGUUCUCGCCAUCUCCUAUAUAUGGCUUCUAUUCGUAUUACUAUACGGUUGCAUCUCGCAAAACAUGAACUUCUAUCCGCCGGCGUGGGGGUACGAUUCAUCAGUUGCCUACGCGGACCUCUUCAGCAUUCUCGAAUUAUGUGUCACACUUCCAUGUUUGGCGACAUCCUACAUUUCGUACAUCGUCAUCGCGUUUCUAAUUUAUACGAAAAAGCAAAGCCAAUCAAAGACGUAUCGUCGAGAGGAAUUGGCAAUCAUGAUUCAGUAUACAUUUGUUACUACCUAUAUUACAGUGCUUAUUGCAAUGUGGCAUAAUGGAGCAUAUUUGUUCGAAAUGACCCCGUUCGCCAACGCGUUCCUCAAUUCUUGUUGGAUUGUGGCCUCUUAUAUCAAUCCGAUAUUCCUGCUCUUACUAAAUAAACAAAUCCGAAAUGAAGUGAAAAAGCUGUUGAAAUCGCGAUGA